CGACAGCAGUUCUCCUCACGUACACAACUCGAACAGGAUGAAGAGCAUUCUCGCUGCCUCCCUCGUCUUCGCCGCCGGCGCUGCCGCGGAUCGAACUUUCACCAUCUACAAUGGCUGUCCGUUCACUAUCUGGCCGGCUUACUACACCGGCGCCGGUACCUCCCGCCCGUCAUACCCUACAGGUUGGGAGGCGGCCGCCUACACCUCGGUUAAGUUCUCUGUUCCCGACGACUGGAACUCUGGACGUAUCUGGGGUCGCAGAGACUGUGACUUCAGCAUCAGUAACCCGGCUACUCAGUGCGCUGACGGCGGGUGUAACGGCGGCCUCGAGUGCGCUCUCAGCGGCGGUACUGGCGUACCGCCUGCCACUGUUGCAGAGUUUACCCUCGGUGGAACCACUGGCGUCGACAACUACGAUGUUUCUCUUGUCGACGGUUAUAACCUCCCCGUGAGGAUCGACAACACUGCCGGCUGUGGCAUCCCUAGCUGCCCUGUGGACCUCGGACCGAACUGCCCCGACGCACUGAAGGGUCCGUAUGACUCUUCCGGCUUCCCUGUCGGCUGCAGGAGCGCUUGCGAGGCCAACCUUGACGGCGACCAGACCAACUCGGCCAACUGCUGCUCGGGCUCGCACAACACACCGGCGACGUGCCCAUCGUCCGGUGUCGCUUAUUACUCUUACUUCAAGAACAACUGCCCCGACUCGUACGCCUAUGCUUACGACGAGAGCAGCGGCACUGCUCUUUGGACGUGCGACGCAAGCAAAGGCGCCGACUACACGGUCACCUUCUGCCCUUGAGCAGUCCUUUGCUCGCCAGAUAUCAACGGCUCCUCUCCCGUCAAUAUUUAACUGACGGUUGGUCCUUGACAUAGGGCUUCUUUUGUCUCCCACGAAGACUGUAUCACGGAUUACGAUGUACGGCGUUGGCUGGUCACUGGAUGCUCUAUCUAAUAAACUCUCAUGCGUAUUAUUUCCUCUUGUCAGCCUGAGAACAACCCACGACUCAGGCUGUUAGUACCUGCAGAGGUCGGUUGACCUGGAGCAUAUCGAUUGAUCGUUACUGCCAGUCACGAAAUGCUCAGCCUGAGAAGAGCCUAAUCUACACUCAGUUGACGUCGGCACCAGUUUGCACAUGAUGUAGAUGCUUGGCGGACUGCAAUCGCAUGGUCGCAC